UUUUAUGGGAUUUGCAGAGGCACCACGCCUGAAAAACUAAGCGCUGUUCCAGCGUCAGUGUUCACCACGUCAGUGUUCCACAGAGCAGACAAUUACAGCUCCGUAACUGUUUGAGCUUUUGCAGUAGCUUUGCAGUUCGCAAGGCACUGGUAGAAUCAAACACCUGCAUACCAACGCGGCCAAGAUUCCUCCAAUGUUUCCCUCCAAUGACACCAGCACAACCGCAACCGACGACACCGGCCUCCUCGCUCCGACUCCGAUCCCCACCCACUCCGACCGCCCCCUCCGCCGAGCUCCCACCACCUCCCCGCCGCCGGCGAUGCCGUCGUCCGCCUCCUCCACCCUCCUCGCCGUUGCCAUGGUCUCGCUCUCCCUCGCUGCGUCGGCGGCUCCUGCGCCGCCCGACGACGCCCGAGGGACGACGGUGCGCGCCGGCUUCUACCUCGCCGCGGCCGCCCGCCUCCGCCCGCUCGCCGCGCUCGACGCCUCCCACUACACGCACCUCUACUACUCGGCCCUCGCCGUGCACCCGACCACCCGCAAGCUCGUGCUCCCGACGGACCCGGACCAGGCGGGCCUCCUCGCCGCAUUCUCCCCGGCGCUCAAGUCCAGGAACCGCAACCUCAGGACCCUGCUCUCCGUCGGCACCGCCGGCGUCGCGGGGGCGGCGGCCGGUUCCCAGGCCGACCCGGCGUUCGCCGCCAUGGCGGCGGACCCGGCGUCCCGCGCGGCGUUCGGCGCCGCUGCCGUCGCGCUCGCCCGCGACAGCGGCUUCGACGGGCUUGACGUCGCGUGGCGGUUCCCGGCGUCGGCGGUCGAGAUGGCCGACCUCGGAUUCCUCGUCUCCGAGUGGCGCGCCGCCGCGCCCCCCGGGUUCCUGCUCACCGCCACGGCCUACUUCUCCAGCCACGUCUUCGCCGCGCCGCUCCCCAGCGUCGACUACCCGUCCGAGGCCCUGGCGAGGUGCCUCGACUGGGUCAACGUCGCCGCGUUCGGGCUCCGACCGCCGGGCGGCGCCAACGCCACGACGGCCUUCGACGCGCCGCUCUACGACCGGGCGUCCCACUUCUCGGCGAGCUACGGAGUCGUGUCGUGGAUCGACGCCGGCCUCCCGGCGGGCAAGGUGGUCAUGGGCAUCCCGCUCUACGGCCGCUCGUGGUUCCUGCGCAACAAGGCCAACGCCGGCGUCGGCGCGCCCGUCGUCGCUGCGGGGCCCAAGCAGCGCGGGAGCAACGCCACCGGCGUCAUGUCCUACGCCGAGGUCCAGCGGCUCGCCGCCGCCUCCGCCGGCGGGGGCGGCCGGCGCACGGCCACCACGGCGUACGACAACGCGUCCGUGGCGUCCUACCUGUCCGUGGGCGACGUCUGGGUCGCCUUCGACGGCGCGGCCGUCGUGGCCGAGAAGCUCGCCUUCGCCGCGCGUCGAGGGCUCCUCGGCUACUUCCUCUGGCCGGUGAACUACGACGACGCCAACCUCACGUUGUCCAGAACAGCAUCGGAGGUCUGGAUGCAGAACGAGAUGUCGUCAGAUUGGAAGAACGGCACCGGCGUCAGGCAGACGCAGGGCCCGGUGCGGCUGCCGCCGGCGCUCCGGUCGCCUGCGGGAACGCCUGGACCGGUGCCGGCACCGACGUCUGGGUCGGGCUCAUGGUUGCCUUGGGCGAAGCUUGAUGCGCUUCUGCAUUUGGGGCUGCUAUGUCUUGUGUGGUGUUAGCUGUAGAAGCUUGGCGCGCUCCUGCAUUUGGGAUUGCUAAUUCUGAGUCCUGACACUGAAGAGAAUCAGUAGCGGUGCAGGAAUUGUGCGUUGUGUUCUUCUAAUUUCGUGCAGCUGUUGCAUAGAAGCACUCACAAUUUUUUAAUACUACAAAACAUGCAUCACAAUGGUGUAAAUCGGUGUAACCUGCUCAACUAUAGAUGUCUUACUAGCCAUGAUUUACUAAUAUACAU